AUGCAUUCAUUACAGGAACUGAAAAAUUCCCCGGCACCAGUACCGAUGGUCAAACCGUUGACUCCAGAGUCGAUAAAGAAAACUGGAGACAAGAAUGACAAACUCAAGAACCGCAGCUCGGCACUGGAUAAGCAGCCAAAGUGUGAAUUCAAACAGGUUAAAUACUCGAAACAAUUGUACGAGUCUGAAGUCAAUAUCCACAAUCAAGCGUUGGCGGAAUAUGACUUGGACAUUUGCAAUUUGUUGAUUGAACAGAUUGACAUUAGCAAACCCAAUUUGCACAUGUAUACCCAACAACCAUACUUGACAUUUGCCAUUCGUGUGCGAUUAAUUGAUUUCUUGCUAAAGAUGUCUGUGCGAUUAAAGAUUUUGCCGUUUGUCUUUUAUAAGGCGGUGAAACUAUUUGAUAGAUACUGUUCCAAAAGAGUCGUGCUAUUGGAUCAAUCUCAAUUGAUUAUCAGUACAUGUCUUUGGAUGGCACUGAAGUUGAGUGGUGGCAACAACCAUUUUGUUAAUCUUGCCCAUGCCAAAACUGGACCUGAUGGAGUAAGGAAAUUCAAAGUUGUGGGAGAUUUAGGGUAUGGUUCAAGUGGGAAAUACAUUGGUCCUACCGAAAGGUUUAGAUUACCCAAGUUGAAUGAGUUGGUUAAAUUGUGCGGAUCCAAAUGUAAUUAUACUCGCGAAAUGUUUAUUCAAAUGGAGAGGCAUUUGUUGGAAACGUUGAGCUGGAAAAUCAAUGACCCGUCAAUUGAAGAGUUUAUUGUUACAAGUCGCGAGUUUUGUAUCAUUGACGAAGAAGCCAAAAACUGCACUUGGGAAAUUUUCAAAGUUAAGGAGUAUUUGAGUUAUAUCUCGUUGUAUUCGCACGAGUUGUUGGAUUUGAACCUACUCGAGGUGAGUCAAGUCAUUCUCGACUUGAUUAACGAGGUUUUCCUUUUUGAUUCUCAGAGCGUACAAUAUCAAACGAUAUUAAACACUGAGAGCUCCCAGUUUAUUGAAUUUGAUGAGGGCCAAUACAAGUUUAUCAAGAAGCAUUUGAUCAAGGCUGUGUUGAAAAGUUCGGAUUUUGCAUUAAAGUUGUUUAACAGUGAGGGUCCGCAAUAUUUGUACCAACUGAUGUGUCUGCGAUACGGAUCAACAAGUCCAACCACCACCACUGAUACAAACACCAACACUAGUGGUGGAACUAGCACCGCUAGCGUAUCUUUGAAACACCUCAAUUUGUCGAUUCCACAAGAAUUUGCAACAGUUUCUACCCCUUCGCUUUUGUCGUGUGAAGUGUCACCAAGCGGUAAGAUUACUCAUGCACCGACUAAUGCAGCUACUUGUCAAAACAAACUGUAUCAGACUAUAACUCCACCUGAACAGAUGACUUUACGACAUCGACAUCAACAACCGCUGCCAUAUUACGAUUUCAACAAACAAUAUCAUCGGAAUAUAACACCUGAAAAUUUGCAAUCGCAAUCACGUGGAAAUAAUGGUAGCAAUAGCAGUAGCGGUAGUGAUGGGGAUGGCGGCAGCAGCAGCACUACCGAUUCUACAACUAACUGCCAUACAAAUGAUUCCGAUAUAUUUGAUAAACCAGAUCAGAGUAGGAGAGGAAGUACAGAUGAAGAAGUGGGGGGUCAUGAAAAUAAUACCCCCAUGACUGACCAUGAAAGCCCCAACUAUUCCAAUUCCAAUUCCAAGAAACUUGAUAAUUUGAGCUGUAAUCAAGUGAGAAUGGGAGCUGGUGUUGCUUCACUUGGGAUCAUGUUGUGA